UUUCCACGACAGCUGGAAGCCGAGCGGCACAGGCGCAUCGCUUCUUUGCUAAAAUUAUCGGAAAUAACACGACUUCUGCUCGUCUCAGCACCUCCAGAUAAACCCUGGUCUGGCAUGGGCGACAAGAGGAGUCCCACAAGGCCGAAGCGUCAACCGAAGCCCUCCUCCGACGAGGGGUUUUGGGACUGCAGCGUGUGCACGUACAAGAACACGGCAGAAGCUUUCAAGUGCAUGAUGUGUGAUGUCAGGAAGGGGACAUCAACAAGGAAGCCUCGUCCCGUCUCCCAGCUCGUCUCGCAGCAGCAGGUAACGCAGCAGUUCGUGUUGCCCUCGCAGCCCAAAAAGGAAAAGAAGGAGCGAGUAGAGAGGGAGAAGAGCGACAGAGAGCCGGCGCUCAAGAAGAACAGUCACAAGAAGAUGAGGCCCAGGUUAAAAAACAUUGACCGCAGCAGCGCCCAGCACCUGGAGGUGACGGUCGGGGACCUGACAGUCAUCAUAACAGACUUUAAGGAGAAGGCCAAGCCCUCGUCCACCUCGGCUACGUCGUCCAGCGCCGCGUCCGCGGCCGACCACCACAGCCAGAACGGCUCCAGCUCAGAAAACACAGAGAAGGGGCUCUCCCGCUCCUCCUCGCCCCGAGGAGAGGGGAGCUCGGUCAACGGGGAGUCCCACUGAGUCGCCCCCUCGAAAAAACCUCCGCCGGCCUGCACCCGCAUCUCAUCUGCCACGCCACAGGAGCGUCCUGCCUCUACUUUGCUGCACAAGACUGACUAAAUCUGAUUUUUUUUUUUGCUUCCUUUCUUUCUUUCUGGAUAUUUCAACAAGAAUCGUGACCCAUUUAUCAGAGUUGCCAACGCAUCAGGUUUGGCAACUUUAAUCAGUUUAAAGAUUCCCCGCAGCACUGGAAUCCUGCAUUUAGAAAGCAAUAUGAAACACCUUUUGCUCCAUCUUUGAAGUUCUUUCGAAAGGAUCCCACAAGCUGUCCGAAGCUCGCUCCUCGAAUACAAAGUGAGACAGUUUUAUUCUGACGAAGAGCUUCUUCGGGACUGACCUGAGACCUGUCUGCGUAACUGUUUGGACAAGCUUUAUGGUCCUGCAUGGUUUCCUUAAGAUGCACAUGCCUGUUUCUUUUUUGUCAUAAUGUGCAGCCCCACCCUUCAUCUUCAGCGGCCGGCAGAGUGACCUCUUCUUCCCCCAUGUGGAAUCUUUACCUAACCUGUUAUAAACCUGAACCAUCUGUUACACACUCUCCAGUGUCCCGACACUGACCCUUCAACCUCACAGCCAACCUUCGCUCCUAUCUUGAUACUCCAAGCUUUUACUUCUGGACUGCCUCUGCUGUAGAGUGACUUUUUUUGACACAGCAUAGCAGCUGUACUGCUGAACCAUUUGGUGUUUUCGCGUAAUGUUUGGAGCAGGUUGUUAAGUUCAGGUAAUGCUUGUCAUGUCUGCAUAAGGGCACCGAGCAGGUUUUGAUAAAAGCCCUCUUUUUAAGCGUUGCAGGGAGGUAUAGUAUUGGAUUUUAAAGGAUAAUACCGGUGUGUUUUUGUGUUUGCUUGUUUUCAGUUCAUGCCAAUGGUCGAUGCUACCCCUCCUCUGCAUUAUUCCCUGUUUGUUUGCACACAGUCAGUUGAGGUGGAGAUGCAAUCAGUUGUUUUUCUACCUUUGCAGCCAUUCAUUUUGUACAGUAUAUAAACAACCACAAACCUGCGUUAAGUGAUAUUUUUUAUAUCAACAUAAAUUCAAAUUAAUCUUGUGAACAUGUUAAAAAUUAGCAACUCUUUAGCUGUAUGCAGCUUUUAGCUCAUUGCUUCGAUUGUCUGACCAUCGCACACAAGAGCCAUGUACGGUAAACCAGUGUAAACCAGUUCAGAGAAGCUGUUAUUACACUUCAAUGGGUGGAAGUUAGCUAGCAGCUGCUAGCUUCAAGCCAAGUACAGACCAAACCAGAGCUAAAUGAGUAAAUAUUGAGCUAAUAUUGGUCAGAAGGCGAGAAACUUGAAUCCACAGGGAUGCCUGUGUUGGUGUUUGUCUGCCAGAUGUGCAAGUGGGCAAUAAGUUGCUAACGUAUUAGCCAUAGCAGCUAGAAUCUGUCUCUCAGGGCUUCGUUUCUUUGACUUGAGUUUGCUGACUUGCUGUCAAAAAAAUCACUUAAUGCAGCUUCAUCCAAGCAUGAAAUCACUUCCUCUGUGGCAUUAUGAAUCCAUACAAAACCUGUCACCAAUCACUGACACCCUUCAUGAUAUACACCAGGAUUUCUGUCAGUCACAUGACUCCCACAGAGUGAUGCACAUCUACGCAAAUACAGCAACAAUUCUGCAAAAAACUUCACAUUUCAUGACAUUAGCGCUUGGAUUUCGCAUGCUUUUAUGUUCUCAGCCAAAAGCUAAUUUCAAAGAGGGUUUGCGGCUGUAAGGUUUGUUUCAGAGACAUAAAAAGAGAAGCUGAUAGCACAGCGACUGAGGGAUUGUCAAACCAGACUGCAGAAGGUGGUUUUAGGGGCUGUAGCUGUAACGGACACCGGUAUUCUCCUUUGAACCUCUGCUGCACAGACGGGGCUGCACGCGCUCAUUGUCACCGUGGAAACCCAGACCAUGCUCAUACUGUUCUGCCCCCGUGGUGGACCCGGCCUGGACACAGCACGGUGCUUGUACAGCAGAAAACAAGAGCUUUGACUUCUGGACACCGAUCAGCUGUAGAGGUGACGGCGUGCGGUGUGAUGGACUUCUGUUUAAAUUCCUCCAUUUUGAUGUAGCAAAGUGGGGGAGCUUUAGAAUCUACUAAACUCCCAGCAGAACAACUAUAGAUCAACCUAACUACACAAUAACUUAUAAAACCUGUAGAAUACUACACAGAUAAAAUGGAUAUUUCUAAAAUAUUGUACUACAAUGUUUUGAUGUGGUUGUAUUAUCCAUCAUUACCAGUGUUACUGUCGAGAUUUUUACUUUCACAUUUUAGCACAGAUCCUGAGAAUUGUCAUGGCAUGAUAAUAUUAUGGUCUCGGUAUAUUGUGGGACAGGCUAUGUCUCUUAGUUUGUUAGCAUCGUUUCAUGUGUCGGAGGCGCGUUCCCGUGGGUUCGCCGCACUAGCUGGGACUAGGUGCGUGGACUCGUGGGAGCUGUUCAGACAGACGUUCGUCGUUUGGUUGUGGCAAAAAUGGAAAGACUCUUAAAAAUAUGUUAGUUGUCACUUGUUGAUAUUUGUUUUGUUUUGUUUUGCUUUGCCAUGCUCAAUUGUUUCGAAACGUGUGAACUUGUUUAUUACAUGUCUGAAUAAGAAAAUAAGAAAUUUCAAACAAAGAAACGUCUCUUCUUAUGCAGUUUUGCUUUGUGUCACUUCCUGCUUUCAUGCAGGUGCAUGCAUGCUUGCACAGUUUGUUGUUUUCACUGGUUUGCUACUUUCUGUUUUUAGCUCCAUCUGGUGAACAACUUUACAACUGCUGCUCAUCUUCAUCACGAUGAUAAACAAGCUGUGCAUACCCACAUCCAUGUAACAGCUGAGUCAGAAAUCAUGAUAUAAUAAUAUAGUGGUAUUACGUAGGAGUUAUACAUGGUUUAUACACUAUUUAACCCUUAGAUCAGUCAAUAACUUCAUUUUCGCACACUAAAUGAAAAUGCAGUUGACGUUCAGGUCUGUUGUCUAGUUGCGC